AUGAUGGACCAUAUUGAUGCUGCUAAACUGAAUACAGAUCUUCGAUAUCGAUUCGACUAUGUAGCGAAAUUUCUCAAUUUCACGACAACCGACAUUCAUUUGCUCAAUACGGUUGCACCAAAACUGGUUCCACUGGUACCAACAGCGGUCGAUGCCAUUUACAAUAAGCUGUUUUCGUUUGACGUCACCAAAAGUGUAUUCGCCAAGAAUAAGGUGAACUUCCAAGGAGCUACUGCAGAUCCUCCAGACAGUCUCAAUUUGACUGCAGAACGAAUUGCUGCUCUCAAAGAAAGUUUGGACAAAUACUUGAAAAAAGUUCUGACACAAGCGGAAUGGGACGAUGGAUUUCUCGGAUAUCUGUCACACCUUGGUAAAGUACAUGCAAACAAAGCUGACUCGAAAAAUAUUGAUGUCAGCUAUGUACACAUGAAUGCAACACUCGGCUUAUCGGAACAUAUUCUCAUUGAUGCCCUUUUGAACCAUGAUCUCGGUUUAGAUGACAAGACAAAAAGUGAUGCAGUUCUAGCUUUGAACAAAUUCUUCUGGAUCCAAAACGAUCUUUUUACAAUGCAUUAUGUGCCACAUUAA